AUGAUUGAAUUUAAUUGUAAUGGUUCACUUUCGACUACUGCAAAAUGGACAGUCAAAAAUUGUACUACUAUAUUAUGUUCAUAUCAAAUUCAACUAAAUAGCAAAAUCGUUACAACAUCAAGUGAACUUUAUAUUCCAGCAAAAACUUUAGAUUAUGGACUUUAUGAGUUGACAUUAACUGUAGCAAUGGCUAAUUUACCAAAUCUAAAAGCUUCUUCUGCAGCUUAUGUAAGCAUAACUGCAUCAGGUAUAACAGCAAAUCUUGUUCCAUUUGGAACAUCAAUGAUAACACGUGGUAGUCAACAAGAUCUUGACUUUAAUCCUGGAUCAUAUUCUGUUGAUCCAGAUGAAGAUACAUUCGAUCCAAGUAAAUGGACAUAUGCAUACUAUUGUAGACUUUAUGGUUCGUAUAAUUUUCCAAAUUAUCAAGGCAUAUUAUUAACAAUUGAAAAUUCAAAAACUGAUCCUAAUAAUCCGUCAUGUUUAUCAAAUCGAUCAGAUAAUACAACAGGAGUAAUAUAUGGAAAUUUGACUUUAUCACCAAAAUCAUCUUUAACAAUUCUUUCGAGUUCAUUUCAAGCAAAUCAAGUCUAUCAAUUUAUGGUUCUGUUGCAAAAUCGUAAAAAUUCUUCAAUACAAGCUACAGGUUAUGUUCUUGUCACAGUUGUCGAUACUCAACCGCAAUUGAUUGCCAUUGGUUGUAUUGUAUCAGCAUUAUGUGUUCCGAAUCUUGAAUUUCAAGUUGUUAAUCCAACAACACAAGUUGCUUUAUUUGCUGUAUGUAUUGGAACUUGUGCAAAUAUUCAAAGUAUUAAAUGGAAUAUUUAUCAAGGAUCAAAUAAUUCAACAUCGUCAAACAGCACACAAUGGAUUUUAUUUAAUAAUAUGAUUUCAUAUGAAAAUACUUGGUUUUUUGGUAUAAAUACAAGUAAUUUUACUGCUACAAAUCAAUUAUUUAUUGAUAAUCCUCAAAUAAGUCUUUGGCGAUUUGAAGUUGUUUAUACAUUUCCAUCUUUAACAAGUACAAGUGCAUUGAAUUUUAUUAUGAAUCAACCUCCUUAUAAUGGUUCAUGUUUAAUCACACCAAAUAAUGGUACAACAACUACUCAAUUUACUAUUUCAUGUUUAGAUUGGUUUGAUGAAGAUGGAAUAAAAGAUUAUUCAUUAUAUGCAUGGACUACAGAUAUAUCACUAAAAGUAAUGAUUGCAUUUUCAACAGUAUCUACUUUUCAAGUUCGAUUACCAAGUGGAGAUAGUCAAACAUCAUUACUUAAUAUUGCUGUUAAUAUUCGAGAUCUUCUUAGUUGUGGUGUAGAAGCGAAUAUGUCUUCUAUUAGUGUUUUAGUAGAUACUACAGGAAUUAAUGAUUUAAUUACUAAUAUACAAAGUUCAUCCGGUACAAUGACAAAUAGUCUAAUUGUUCAAUUACUUUCAAGUGGAAAUCAAAAUGUUGUUGGACAAGUUAUUACUGCGAUUUCACAAUAUUCUAAUCAAGUGAAUAGUGAAAGUAUCGAUAGUGCUGUUUCAUAUGGAAUAUCAGCUGCAACUAUUUCAAUAUCAUCAUUAGGGAGUCAAAGUUUACAACAAAAUUCGACAUCUGCCAAUGAAUCAGCUUUAAUUGCAUUUAAUACAGAAUUAAAUUCUCAAGCAAGUCUUCGAGAUUAUCUGAUCACAUUUACAGCUAAUCUUCUCAUUACAACAUCAAAUAGUAUUAAUUUACAAGCAUCGUCAUUAGCUCAAUUAACUCAAUCAACAAAUCAACUAACAAGAGCAGCUCUAUCAAUCGCAUCAGAUAAAUGUUAUCAACUAGCUGUGGCUUUAUAUUCAAAGGCAGGAAAAAUUCCAUAUGAAGACAUUCAAACAGCAUCAAAUCAAAUAAUGCAAUGUGCUUCAAAUAUUUUAACUGCUGUGAACGGACCAUUACAAAAACGAACAAGUACACUUGAUUUAGAUUUUUCACGUGCAAAUACAGUAUCGACUGAUUAUGAUACUGAUAUUGAAUCUGCAUGGUCAAAUACAAAUUUAUUUGGUGGUGGUACUGAUGCUGCAACAAUUGCAGCAAAUCGAAAUUUAUAUUAUCAAAAUCAAUUAGCAAAUGAUAUAAAUAAACAAGUUACACAAAUUAUUUCAUUAUUAACUUCUUCAUUAAAUAUUUACUUAAAUGUUGGUCAAAGUUCAUUAAUAAAUACAUCUUCAACAUAUGUGUCAUUAGAAACAAUAUCAAUUGGAUCACUUUCAAAUAAAAUUAUCGCACAAGUUGGAAAUGCUCAAUUUCAUAUUCCAUCGGAUUUUACAUUGAAUACAACAGAUAAUUCUUCUGUUGCACUUCGAUCAAAAAUGGAUCCACUUGCUGCAUAUGGAAAUUUUCAAAAUACAAAUCUUUCAAGAUCAAUUUCAUUAUCAAUUGUUGAUCAAAGUGGAAAUGAUAUUUCAUUUAAUACAAAUGAAAAUAAUAGUACAAUACGAUUAAUUAUUCCUCGUGAUUCGAAUGUUAUAAUCCCAUCAAUGUAUUUACAAAAUGUAACAACAACAACAACAAAUUCAACUAAUAAUAAUUUAUUAUUUUCUUUACAUUAUAUUAAUAUUACCAGUUCUCUUUCAGUUUCAGUCCAUAUUGAGAUACAUCCUUUAAAUAUAAAUCUUGCGUAUUUAUUUAUCUAUAAAGUUAAUCAAACACCACAAUUAAAUAGUUCAAUUAAUAUUAUUGAUGGUUGGACAAUUUUUUGUCCAUCAAAUUUAACUAGUGACGAGAUUUACAAAUAUUUUAUUGAUAAUGAACAAACAGCUAAUUAUCAAUCGGUCAUAUUUGGAUUAAGAGAAUUAAAUGAAACCGAAUUUAAUAAUUACUGUAGAAAUAAUUCGACAAUAAAUACUGUACCAAUUUCUGAUCAAAGUUGUAAUUUUACAUCAAAUUAUGAAUUACGCACUUAUACAUCAGGUUGUUAUUAUCUUGGUGAAGAUAAUACUUGGAAAUCAGAAGGAUUAAUUGUUGGAUCAUUAACAAAUCAUUAUGAAACUGAAUGUUUUUCAAAACAUUUAACAACAUUUGCUGGUGGUUUUAUUGUUUUACCUGCACCCAUCAAUUGGAGUUAUGUUUUUGCAAAUGCUGGUUUUUUGCAAAAUAAAACAGUUUAUUUAAUGAUGAUAUGUACGACACUACUUUAUAUUAUUUUAUUAAUUUAUGGUCGUCGUAAAGAUAAAAAAGAUAUUGAAAAAUUGGGAGUAACACCAUUAGCUGAUAAUCAAAAAUCGGAUCAAUAUUUUUAUCAAAUUCUUGUUUUUACUGGUCAACGAAGAAAUGCUGGAACAGAAUCCAAAGUUCAUUUCGUAUUAUCGGGCGAUGUAGAUCAAACAAAUAUUCGAACAUUUUCCGAUUCUCAUCGAAAAAUAUUUCAACGUGGUGGAAUUGAUGCUUUUAUUAUGACUGUACCAAAAUCAUUGGGAUUGUUAAAUUAUAUUCGAAUUUGGCAUGAUAAUACAGGUCAAGGCCAAUCAGCAUCAUGGUAUCUAAAAUAUAUAAUUAUUCGAGAUUUACAAACAAUGGAAAAAUCCUAUUUUAUUUCUCAACAAUGGUUUGCAGUUGAAAAAAAUGAUGGACGAAUUGAACGAAUGUUACCAAUUGCUGGUGAAUCAGAAAAAGAACAAUUUUCAUAUGUAUUAUCAAAAAAAGCUUAUCAUAGUGUAUCUGAUGGUCAUUUAUGGUUUUCAAUAUUUUCUCGUCCACCAUCAAAUAAAUUUACAUGUGUACAAAGAUGUACUUGCUGUUUUGUGUUAUUCUUUAGUUCAAUGUUACUUAAUAUUAUGUAUUAUGAUUUAGCAAAUGAAGCAAAAGCAUCAAGUGACUCAAAACAAGGAACUUUAUCAAUUGGUCCUUUUUAUAUAUCACCUCAACAGAUUGGUAUUGGUAUAAUGUGUGAAUUAUUUACACUUGUUCCAAGUCUUUUGGUUGUUCAAUUUUUUAAACGUAUUCGACCACGUAAACAAAUUUCACCAUUACGUGAAGCAAUAUACAAGAUUACAUCACCUCGAAAAAUUACAACAAAUGAUAAUGAAAUCAAGAAGAAACGAUCUUCAUUCACAUUUCCAUGGUGGUGUUUAUUUAUUGCAUAUACUUUUUCAACGAUGAUUAUUAUUGUUUCAAUUUUUUUUAUUAUUAUUCGAGGAAUUGAAUUUGGUGAUGCAAAAACUCAAAAAUGGUUAACAUCUGUUCUUACUGGAUUUUUUUCAUCGAUUCUUUUUACUCAACCUAUCAAAAUUUUAUGUGUGGCUGCCAUUUUUGCAUUUUUCUAUCGAAAAUCAAACGAUGAUAAAGAAGCAAGUGAAUAUAUUGAUGAUAAUGAAGUUGAAUUAGAUGGUGAUGAAGAUUAUCUUCAUUCAGUCGAGAGUUAUUCUUUAUUUAAUUCUCAAACAUCAAAAUCUAUUAAUCGUCUUAGUGAAGAUGAAAUAGCUUCUGCACGUGAACAACGUUUAAAAGAAGUUCAAAUGUGGUCCAUUAUUUAUGAAUUUCUUACAUAUUUAGUAUUUGCAACAUUAAUCUUUUUCAUUUCUUAUUCUAAUCGUGACAAAAAUAGUUUCUAUGAAGUUAAUCAUUUACGAUCAUAUUUUCUCAAUACAAGACAAGCCGAUGGUGAUUAUACACAAAUAAUAACAAUAGAUCAAUAUUGGCAUUAUUUAGAAAAUACAUUUAUUAGUAAUAUUCGUGCUCAACAAUGGUAUAAUGGAGAUACUCCACGAAAUCUCGCUGGAUUUAUAGAUGAUAAAUCUAAUCGAUUGAUUGGUUGGGCAACAAUGAGACAAUUACGUAUUAAAUCAGAAUUAUGUUCUUAUCAACGUAUUAUAUCAGUGUGUGAAAGUAGUUAUAGUUUAUUGAAUGAAGAAAAACGUUUUUUUCAACCCGGAUGGGCAAAUGAAACAACAGAAGAAUAUAGUUCAUCAAUACGAAACGCAUUUAAUUAUUCUACAAGUGAUGAAUUAGAUACAUAUCCUUAUGUUGGUGAAUUUGAUACAUAUGGAGGAGGUGGUUAUGUAUAUGAAUUUCAUGGUAGUUUAUCUAAUUUAAAAACAAAUCUAUCUACACUUAAUCAAUUACAAUGGAUUGAUGACAAAACAAGAGCUAUUAUUAUACAAUUAACUUUAUAUAGUCCAAAUACUCAAUUAUUAACUUCAGUUACAUUAGUUGCUGAAUUUCUACCAACAGGUGGUGUUUUUCCAUCAGCUCGUUUUGAACCAAUCAAUUUUUAUACAUUUGGAUCUUUAUCUCAAUUGAUUUGUACUGUUCUAUAUUUAUUCAUUAUUAUUUAUUUUAUGGUAAUUGAAAUUAAAUUAUUAUUUAAAUUACGCUUAAAAUAUUUUCGUCAAUUUUGGUCAGUAAUUCAAAUCGGUAUAAUUAGCUGUUCAUGGGGAAGUGCUGUAGUUUAUAUUUGGCGUAUAUCUGAAGCUAGUCAUAUUAGUAAAUUAUUUGGAGAAACAAAUGGAUAUGUUUAUAUAAAUUUACAACUUGCAAUUUAUAUUAAUGAUAUUUUAACAUUUCUUCUUGGUUUUUGUUGCUUUUUUGGAACAAUUAAAUUUAUCCAUAUAUUUCGUUUUAAUAAUCGUAUAUCAUUAUUUGCUGCAACAGUGAAAUAUGCAGGAAAAGGACUUAUUUCAUUCUUUGCCAUGUUUUCUAUUGUAUUUAUGGCAUUUCUUUCUUUAUUUUAUUUAAUAUUUGUAUCAGUCAUUGAAUCAUGUUCCGACUUAUUAGGAACUGCACAAAUGCUUUUUGAAAUGUUAUUAAUGAACUUUGAUGCAGAAGAAAUAAUGGGAGCUGGUGCUUUUCUUGGUCCAUUUUGUUUUACUUUAUUUAUAAUCGUUGUUGUUUUUAUUUGUUUGAGUAUGUUUAUGGCAAUAAUUAUUGAUAGUUUUCAUCUUGCAAGAGAUAAUCAACCAGAAGAUCCAGCAAUUAUAUCAUUUAUGAUGAAAAAAUUUUUACAUUGGACAGGAUUGAAUAAGCUAAAUAAAUUAGAAAUGGAAGAAGAACGAGAUUCUCAGAUACGAUCACAAUAUGUUGAUCCAAUAGAACACUUUCCAAAUAAGAUUGAUCAACUUUUAGAGGCACUCGAUAGAAGAUCAAAAGGCGGACCUGUUAAGAUUGGACAAAGCUGGAGUAUAAAUAUUAUUCGUCGAUUCUAA